CAAGCUCAGGGCGCGUCGACAUGGCGGCUGCACUGAAUGCCCUGCUGGGCCGGCGCGGACUCGCGGCCCUGUCUCGCUGCGGGUUCGCGACCCGGGCGGUGACGGGCCCGGGCCCCGUCGGCCGCGAGCCGGACCCCGAUUCCGACUGGGAGCCUGAGGAACGGGAGCUGCAGGAGCUGGAGAGCACCCUGAAACGACAGAAAAAAGCCAUCCGGUUCCAGAGACUUCGGAGGCAAAUGGAGGCACCUGGGGCCCCCCCCAGGACCCUGACGUGGGAAGCCAUGGAUCAGAUCCGGUAUUUACAUGAAGAAUUUACAGAGUGCUGGUCAGUUCCCAGGUUGGCUGAAGGCUUUGGUGUCAGCCCCGAUGUGAUACGAAGGGUUUUAAAAAGCAAGUUUGUACCCUUGUUGGAGCAGAAGCUGAAGCAGGAUCAGAAAGUCCUUCAGAAAGCUGGGCUGGCGCAGUCGGUACUGCAGCUCCAGGGCCCUGUGGAUGCAGUAAAGCCACUCCUGGCCAGCCUUAGCCCGGUGCCAGGAGAUGAAACCUCAGCUCGGGGUCAGGGUCCGGGCAAGGCUUUGAGGGUGGUGAAGGCAAAUCUGCCUGAUACAGGUGCCCCGAGGAGACAGAAGGGGCGGAGUCAAGGCGACCGGGGCCAGCAGGAGAGCUUGGUGCCUGGCACUGCAGCCUUGGGUUGGCAGAGAGAGUUCCCAAAGUCCUCCACGCGUGACCAUCAGCUGUCCAGCAGCAAGGUGCCGGAAGAGCUGGAAGGAGGGGAGGUUCACAGUGAGAACUUUAGCAGCAAAGUAGUGCAGAGGGGGCGGGAGUUCUAUGACAGCAAUGGAAACUUCCUAUACAGAGUUUGAGCAGGGGCCAGCCCAUGGAAACGGCUAUGGAACACGGUGGACAAGGCUGUCUGAAACUGCCUGGGAUUCUGCUUGUGGAUUGGCCGCCUGGGAGUGAAGGAGGUGCCAGGAAUGCUGUGUGGGUGGAUUGGAGCUUUUGCAAAGCCCUGCUCCCAGUCUGACCCCUGUGCAUUGCCCCCAGUCACCCUCCUUGUGCAGGCUCAAGUUUGCAUGUCUUGGAUGUUUUUGUGAUACUUGUGCAAUAUGUAUCCGAGGGGAAGUGAAUAGUUUACCUUCUGGCCUCAUUCCUUCUUAAUCAAUGAACACUAGCAGUUCUGGAAUUGCCUAGUCAACUGGUUAUUUCCUCAUGUGUAGAAAAAUAAAGCAAAAUGCAGUC